AACACUAAUCCAUUUUCAUUUCCCACAAAGUUAAGAGAGUUAAGCAAGAGAGUUCUAAACCUCUAAAAAUGGCUUUCAAUCUAGCAUUCUUGAGCUCAAUCUUCAUCAUCCUUUCGGUAUUUUCUGCAGUGACUAACGCGUUGAGCUCGAAUUACUACGAUAAGAGCUGUCCCAAUGUCGAUCAAAUCGUUUCUAAUGCCGUCAAGCAGGCGACAUCCAACGACAGAACUGUCCCCGCUGCUCUACUCCGGAUGCACUUCCACGACUGCUUCAUUAGGGGCUGUGAUGCAUCUGUGCUGUUGAACUCCAAGGGAGGCAACAAAGCUGAGAAAGAUGGGCCACCAAAUAUUUCUCUGCAUGCGUUUUAUGUCAUUGACAAUGCAAAGAAACAAGUGGAGGCUUCUUGCCCUGGUGUCGUUUCAUGUGCUGAUAUCUUGGCUUUGGCAGCAAGGGAUGCUGUUGUGCAAUCCGGAGGUCCGAACUGGGCUGUGCCGAAAGGACGAAAGGAUGGAAGAACAUCGAAGGCUAGCGAGACCGUGCAGCUGCCGGCUCCAACCUUCAACAUAUCUCAACUGCAGCAGAGCUUCUCGCAGAGAGGUCUGUCCUUGAACGACCUGGUGGCUCUUUCAGGAGGGCACACUCUAGGGUUCUCCCACUGCUCAUCGUUCCAAAACAGAAUCCACAACUUCAACGCCACACACGACUUUGAUCCAACACUGAACCCGUCCUUUGCUGCAAAUUUGAAGAAUACGUGUCCCAUCAAGAACAGGCCGAAGAAUGCCGGUGCCACCAUGGAUCCUUCUACAACCACCUUUGAUAAUACAUACUUCAAGUUGAUCCUCCAAGGGAAGAGCUUGUUUUCUUCGGAUCAAGCUCUGCUCAGUUUUCCGAAGACUAAAGGUUUGGUUACUAAGUUUGCCUCCUCAAAACAAGCGUUCUUAGACGCUUUCGUGAAUUCUAUGAUAAAGAUGAGCAGCAUUAAUGGUGGGCAAGAGAUCAGGAAGGACUGCAGGGUAGUAAAUUAAUCGAGAGCCGGCAAGCUUAGUUUCAGUUGAUUCUAAAAACAUGAGAACCUGGAAAUCAAUUAAAUAGGUGGUUCUCUAUCAUUUCCUUUCGUGUUUUGAGAGAUUUGAGAUAGAAAUUGUUUGUGUGUGCUGUGUUUCAUAAUGUUUGAAAGGAUCUUGUUACAACAAAAUCCUGCAAUAAAUUGUAACAAAAAUCCUACUAUAAAUAUGAAGUAUUCAGUUGAAGGGCAACGA